GACGUCGUGGGGUGGGGGAAGAGGAAAGAGGAGGGGUGAUCUCCUAACAAACAGCUGUUGCAGCUGUAGAGAGAAAAAAGGAGAGAGACCAGAAGCAGCAGCGGCAAUCCGACGCCUGCAACAGCUUUACCAUGAACACCUACCUCUUUGUGUAUGACUUAAUGCAAUUCUGUGGACAUUCCUGGAUAUUUACAAAUAUGAUCAUCAGAUUCAUGUCAUUUGGAAAAGAUUCGUUGGCCGACACAUUUUACUCCAUAGGACUUGUAAUGCGCCUUUGCCAAUUGUUAUCUAUACUGGAGAUCCUACACAUCCUGAUUGGCAUUGAUAAAGGCCGUCUCUUCCCCAGGUUUUUACAGAUCACUGAGAGAAUAAUUGUUUUAUUUGUCGUGAUCAACAGUCAGGAAGAAGUUCAAGGAAAAUACAUCGUGUGUGUUUUAUUUUUCCUUUGGAAUUUAUUAGAUGUGGUCAGGUACACUUACAACAUGUUAGCAAGGAUGGAAAUACACUACCCACCACUGACAUGGCUCAACUUCUCACUGUGCAUCCCGCUCUAUCCCCUGUCAGUUCUGGCUAAAGCAUUUGCCAUUUGUGUAUCACUGCCCUAUUUUGAAUCCUUUGGCACAUACUCCAUCAAGCUACCAUUUCCAUUCGCCUUCUCAAUCUACUUCCCCUAUGUUCUGAAAAUGUACCUCCUGGUGCUUUUUAUAGGUAUGUGCUUUAUCAUCCAGAACCUCUUCUCUGAAAGGAAGGCACACCUAGGGACAGGCAACGUCAAAAAGAAAAGAAGCUAAACUGAUAUUUUGUUUGGAAAUAAGAAAUACAUUUCAAGGGGGCUACUGCAUAUUACAGGUUAAGAAUAAAUUAGACAAAUAUUUUCAACGCAAAAGUCCUGUCUGCAUGUACAUCAUCUGGCUGUGUAGAAUUUUCAGAAAUGCACCCCAAAAAUGGCGCAGCUCAAAAUAACCAGUUACCUUUGGAAGUUUUGACUUCAAAUGCCAGGAGUUUUAAUAUUUUUUUUUUCUAACAUAUUUUACAGAGCUCUGAAAAAAAUCUCACAGCCAAACUAACAACUCUUACUUUGGUGUUAAUUCUUGCCUCAUUAGCGACAGACAUUCUGUAAUGACAACACCAUCUAAUCUAAGAUUAUUUAAUAUUAGGCCAAAAUGUAUGUGCCUCAUAUACAUAAAUGCUAAAGUGGCUAGAAAUUGAAUCCCUCCAGGAGCAGAAGCUGGAAACUUUGCAGCCUAUGAAAUCCGUAUGCUGAUUAGCUUCAGGCAUUCACAAAGGAUACCUCACAUUCUGGCCCAACCUUCUCUUCUCCAAACAAGAUUCCAGAAAAUGCAGCUAAACUGCAAAGGCAAGAGACCAGGUACUCAUCUACUAUAUGUUCAAGGGGAUAUUUGCGGGCCAGAAAGAAAAACUUAUGUCUCUGGCAGACAUUAAGAAUCUCUCUGCACAAUGAGCUUGUUCCAUGCAGAACAACAGACAGAUAUGCAAAAGAAGUAAGAUGUAGCUAGGCCAAAUGUAUGUCGUUCUCUAAAGGGAAGUCAAUGACUAUCAAAAGCCAUCUGCAAAAUUCUAGGCAUUUUACUCAAGUGUGUUACUGCUCAUAUUUCUGUAGGACUAUCUGUGAAAAUGCAACUAGAACAUAGCCUCUUCAAAAGCUGGGAAUGAAGAACACAGCAAUCCAGUGGACUGUACAGGCAAAAAUGGACAAAUAAGUGCUCAGAGGCUGGCAGAGGCUUUUCUGAUGUUUCAUCCAUAUUGUCAUCUACAUUUGAAUUCAAGCAGGCAGGGGAGAAAAUCGAGGCUGUUUUCUUGAGCUUGGCUGAAAACUGGGGGGAGGGAGGAAAGGUAAUAGCUGGAAGAUAAUAUUUAAAGGGAAAAUGAACACUAUCACAAUAUGAAGAGGCUUUUGCUCGUAUGACCUUCUAAACCAUGGAGUCUAAGCAGGUAUACAAGAAAAGAGUGAGGUUGGUAUCAAUGAACUCAUUUGUUAUGAAAGGUCACCUACUAUCAUUUUUGUUUAUUUAACAUAUGUGGCAGACAACACCUGCAGGCCAUUGUGACUACUGGAAUAUCUGCGAACUAUAAGCAACAGGGUCACGUGUGCAAUACUACAGGGUCAACUCCAGUUUUUUUAUAUUUUUUUUUAAGCGCUGGAAACACAGGUAGGCAUUUGGAACUUAGAGAAAAAGAAGUUUCCACUUUGGGCUUCUGUCUAACCCAAACUGCUGCAAGUGUUGACAAUGUGAAGAAAUGUAGACAGCAGCUGAACAAGAUGACAGCUUAGAAGAAGACAGACAGAAUAAGAACUCUCCAUAUAAACCCACUAUAUUACAUGCUAAAGGUAGAACAUGGACGUUUUUCCCCUUGGAAAUUCAAUCAAAUGUGUUUGUCAUCAAACUGCCUGGAGUUAACAUACCCUGUAGGUGGAGGUACGACACGUGGUAUCGUAUUGGGUCAAGGUGGCAAGGCUUUGGCAGGGGGGAAGCUGCACGGAUGGCCGCUGUGAGAAGCCAGAGUGUUCCCCUAUGGCAGAUGCAGCUGGACUCCACACUGCAGCAGAUGGAUGUGCCCUGAACAAAGCUGCAGCCCACAGAGCGCCCACACAGGAGCAAGUUCCUGGCAGAAGCUGUGGCCUGUGACAGACCCUCACCGGAGCUGCCUUUGCCAAGAUGGUCUGUACCCCAUGGUAUGGAUCAAUGGUAGAGCAGUUCUUGAAGAGCUGCAGCCUGUGAGAAAGAACUAUGCUGGAGCCGUUCAUGAAGGACUGCAUCCCAUGGGAGGGACUCUGUGCUGGAGCAGGGGAAUAGUGUGAAGAGAAACAAGCAGCCAGGUUGAAGGUUUAUUAACUACUGCAACCACCAUUCCCUACCCACCCUGCAGCGCCUGGGGAGGAUGGAGGUAGAAGAGUCAGGAAUGAAGAAGUGAAGUUAAGUGUAGGAAGAAGGGAGGGGUGGGGAGAAGGUGUUUUCAGUUUUGUCUUUGUUUCUUACCACCCUACUCUAUUUUUAAUUGGCAAUAAAUUACUCUUCCUGAAGUAGA